CCUCCGCCCACCCGGGGCCCCUGGCCAACUUCUCCCUGCAACUGGGGGGAACAGGCAGCGCUCUCCCUCUCUACCGUCCCGACGGCAUCCGCAUGUCUCCGGACACCUGAACGCCCGGGUCCCGCGGAGGAGCCUCCCCGCGGGGAGAAGAGCGCGGGUCCCACCAGCCCCGUCCAUCACCGCGGACCGCGGCCGUCUAGCCUCCGGGUCCGGUCCCCUCCUUUUCCUUCGGGGGAGGAGGAUGGGGUUGGCAACGCUUUUCUCGAGGAUGCUCGUGUGGUUGGUGGCCUCCGGGGUUGUUUUUUACGGGGAGCUGUGGGUCUGCGCUGGCUUCGAUUAUGAUUACACUUUUGAUGGGAGCGAAGAGGAUAAAACGGAGACCAUCGAUUACAAGGACCCGUGUAAAGCCGCUGUAUUUUGGGGUGAUAUUGCCUUAGAUGAUGAAGAUUUAAAUAUCUUUCAAAUAGACAGGACAAUUGACCUGACACAGAACCCAUUUGGAAAACUUGGACAUACCACAGGUGGACUUGGAGACCAUGGUAUAUCAAAGAAGCGAGGGGCCCUCUACCAACUUAUAGACCGGAUAAGAAGAAUUGGCUCUGGAUUGGAGCAAAACAACACAGUUAAGGGAAAAGUACCUCUAAAAUUCUCAGGAGCAAAUGAGAAAAAUCGAGUUGCCCGAGCUGCGACAUCAAGAACUGAAAGAAUAUGGCCUGGAGGCGUUAUUCCUUACGUUAUAGGAGGCAACUUCACUGGCAGCCAGCGAGCCAUGUUCAAGCAGGCCAUGAGGCACUGGGAAAAGCACACCUGUGUGACUUUCAUUGAAAGAAGUGAUGAAGAGAGUUAUAUUGUGUUCACUUAUAGGCCUUGCGGAUGCUGCUCCUAUGUAGGUCGGCGGGGAAACGGACCUCAGGCAAUCUCUAUUGGCAAGAACUGUGAUAAAUUUGGAAUAGUCGUUCACGAAUUGGGCCAUGUGAUAGGCUUUUGGCACGAACACACACGACCAGAUCGAGAUAACCAUGUAACCAUCAUAAGAGAAAACAUCCAGCCAGGCCAAGAGUACAAUUUUCUGAAGAUGGAACCUGGAGAAGUAAACUCACUUGGAGAAAGAUAUGACUUUGACAGUAUCAUGCACUAUGCCAGGAACACCUUCUCAAGGGGGAUGUUUCUGGAUACCAUUCUCCCCUCCCGUGAUGAUAACGGCAUACGUCCAGCAAUUGGUCAGCGAACCCGUUUAAGCAAAGGAGAUAUUGCACAGGCAAGAAAGCUGUAUAGAUGUCCAGCAUGUGGAGAAACCCUACAGGAGUCCAAUGGAAAUCUUUCCUCUCCAGGCUUUCCAAAUGGCUACCCUUCCUAUACACACUGCAUCUGGAGAGUUUCUGUGACCCCAGGGGAGAAGAUUGUUUUAAAUUUUACCACAAUGGACCUAUACAAGAGUAGUUUGUGCUGGUAUGACUACAUUGAAGUAAGAGAUGGGUAUUGGAGGAAAUCACCUCUCCUUGGUAGAUUUUGUGGGGACAAAGUGCCUGACGUUCUUACCUCAACAGAUAGCAGAAUGUGGAUUGAGUUUCGUAGCAGCAGUAACUGGGUAGGAAAAGGCUUCGCAGCUGUCUAUGAAGCGAUCUGUGGAGGUGAGAUACGUAAAAAUGAAGGACAGAUUCAGUCUCCUAAUUAUCCUGAUGACUAUCGACCAAUGAAAGAAUGCGUGUGGAAAAUAAUGGUGUCCGAGGGCUACCAUGUUGGGCUGACCUUCCAGGCCUUUGAGAUUGAAAGACAUGACAACUGUGCCUAUGACUACCUAGAAGUUCGCGAUGGAACCAGCGAAAACAGCCCUCUGAUAGGGCGUUUCUGUGGGUAUGAUAAACCUGAAGAUAUAAGAUCUACCUCUAAUACCUUGUGGAUGAAGUUCGUUUCUGAUGGAACUGUGAAUAAGGCAGGGUUUGCUGCCAACUUUUUCAAAGAGGAAGACGAGUGUGCCAAACCUGACCGUGGAGGCUGUGAGCAGCGAUGUCUGAACACCCUGGGCAGUUACCAGUGCGCCUGCGAGCCUGGCUACGAGCUGGGGCCUGACAAGAGGAGCUGCGAAGCUGCUUGUGGUGGACUUCUUACCAAACUUAAUGGCACUAUAACUACCCCUGGCUGGCCCAAGGAGUACCCUCCUAAUAAAAACUGUGUGUGGCAAGUGGUUGCACCAACUCAGUACAGAAUAUCUAUGAAGUUUGAGUUUUUUGAAUUGGAAGGCAAUGAAGUUUGCAAAUACGAUUACGUGGAGAUCUGGAGUGGUCUUUCCUCUGAGUCUAAAUUGCAUGGCAAAUUCUGUGGAGCUGAAGUGCCCGAAGUGAUCACAUCCCAAUUCAACAAUAUGAGAAUUGAAUUCAAAUCUGACAAUACGGUAUCCAAGAAGGGCUUCAAAGCACAUUUUUUCUCAGACAAAGACGAAUGCUCUAAGGAUAAUGGCGGAUGUCAGCAUGAAUGUGUCAACACGAUGGGAAGCUACAUGUGCCAAUGUCGUAAUGGAUUUGUGCUGCAUGAAAAUAAACAUGAUUGCAAGGAAGCUGAGUGUGAACAGAAGAUCCACAGCCCAAGUGGCCUCAUCACCAGUCCCAACUGGCCAGACAAGUACCCAAGCAGGAAGGAAUGCACGUGGGAAAUCAGCGCCACUCCAGGCCACCGAAUAAAAUUAGCUUUUAGUGAGUUUGAAAUUGAGCAGCAUCAAGAAUGUGCGUAUGAUCACCUAGAAGUAUUUGAUGGAGAAACAGAAAAAUCGCCAAUUCUUGGACGACUGUGUGGCAACAAGAUACCAGAUCCUCUUGUGGCUACUGGAAAUAAAAUGUUUGUCCGGUUUAUUUCUGAUGCAUCGGUUCAGAGAAAGGGAUUUCAAGCCACGCAUUCUACAGAGUGUGGUGGCCGAUUGAAAGCAGAAUCAAAACCGAGAGAUCUGUACUCACAUGCUCAGUUUGGUGAUAACAACUAUCCAGGACAGGUUGACUGUGAAUGGCUGUUAGUAUCAGAACGGGGCUUUCGACUUGAAUUGUCCUUCCAGACUUUCGAAGUGGAAGAAGAAGCUGACUGUGGCUAUGACUAUGUUGAGCUCUUUGAUGGUCUUGACUCGACAGCUGUGGGGCUUGGUCGAUUCUGUGGAUCUGGGCCACCGGAAGAAAUCUAUUCAAUUGGGGAUGCAGUUUUAAUUCAUUUUCACACUGAUGACACAAUCAACAAGAAAGGAUUUCACAUAAGAUACAAAAGCAUAAGAUAUCCAGACACCAUCCAUACCAAAAAAUAACACCAAAACCUCUGUCAGAAUAUAAAGGAAUGUGCAUAAUGGAGAGAAGACUUAUUAUUUUUUAAAAAAAAAACUGAAGACAUAGCACAAAUGUUUUAUACAAUGAGUUUGAACAAAAGAAAACUAUAAGACCAGAGUUAUCUCUGUACUAAAAGAGAAGUUUCCAGCUAACAUGGUCAACAGUAAAAGGAUGUUUGAACUCCAUGCCUAAUGGUGUUAGUGAAACUGGUGGAAGGGCAUCACAUGCUUCAAGGAAGACUCGAUAUGUUUUUGUUCACAGUUUGACAUAUAUGCCUUGUUAUUAAGACAGUUCAAGUCCGGGGCUGUGACCCUGUGGAGUGUGCUUUUUGAAAAUACUUCAAGAUUUGGGAACAUAAAAUGGUCUUGUAGGUCAUAAACUGGAAAGCCCUCUUCUUAGGUCUUAGGAUGAUUGCUUUGACUUUGUAUCUUGGAUACAAUAUAAACCAGAUCUGCAUAAGGUGAUGUGAAAUGGGACUUCUUUGAGAGUGGUUUAUACUUUAAGUGUGUGAGUGUGCGUGUGCAUGUGUGUGUGUGUCUAAUGUUUGGAAACUGGAAUAUUUCAGCUUAAUUGUUUUCAAUUGCAGGCCAGCUUAACAGUCUUUGAAACACAAAUGAUCUUGGAAUCACUUCCUUCUACUUCUGUUUUGACAAAUUUGAAAUGGUGAUAGUGUCUAUUAUUGCAGUUAAACUCUAGACAUCAUUUAUUUAAGUACUGGAAAAUGCACAGUUAAUCAGUAAACUCAGUUUUCUUUUGUUGAAGUGCUGCCUUUUCCCACCAAAUCCAAGAAACCUGUGAUGUCUUAUGAACCUCAUGAGAAACCUCCCAAGAGGUGUGAGCAGGAUUCUACUAAAUGACUGCCUGGAUGGUUCAUAUCCAAGAUACUACUGCUGCUAUUGUCUUGCUUUUGUUGUUGAUCUGUUAUUGUUGUAGUUAUUGUUAUUGAUGUUGUCAAUGGUUAAUGUAUUUAAAACAUUGAAAUGAAGCAAAAGUAGGCUUUGUAAGAAUUGAGAGAUCUCUCUUUUUUUCCCCUCUCUUCCUGGGAUUCACUUAAAAGAAAAUGCAUUGAUGGAGGAAAGGAUUUGUUUCUGAAAGACUUUCUAUGGUGCUAUUCCAUAAACAUUUUUUAAAACCAGUUUUGACCUUUGAGCCAAUCACCUGUAGACUAUGAAUGUCUCCCUGUGUCUGGCUGGUGACAUUUGAAGACUGAAGACUUGUUAACUCUGUCAAGAGUAUAUUGUUGAAAGGACAGCACUGUCUUGUGGAACAACUACUUAUAAUGCCUUAGAAUUAUUGCACACAAUCAAACAGAUCCUCCUAGAGACAAACCUUUUGAAAUGGUGAACGUAAUAGUGUAAGUUAAUUAAUAGUCCUGUGAGGAAAAUCCAUUUCCGUGACUGAAGCUUUGGCUAUAAAUACGAUCAUGUGCUUUUAUUGUAGAAAACGUAAUUUUAGAAUGAAUUUGUAGCUUUGAAGCCAUGUGUGUUUUUAAUAUUAAAGUAUGUAUAUGUGAGAUUGCCUGAGUGAGAGAUGCUACAAGAAAGUAAAAGGUGGUUGAAAAGUUAAAAUUUAUGUGCCAAGUUCUACUAGAAUCCUGUUUGAAAUAGCACCUUUCUCAGAUUUCAUGGACAAAUAAUAGGAACUCUUAAUUAUUAUCAAUCUUAUUAAA